UGCGUGCGGGCCAGAAAGCGGAGGCUGUCAGACGGGGAGACGCUCAGCGCACAGCGCCGCAACAGCCAUGCCGCUUUAGCGCCUCAAUUUCCCAUUUAUUCAUCCUCUCCCGUUGCUCGCUCGGACAUGAUUUCGUGUUAACGCUUCGGAGCGGCGCAGGCUAAAUGGUUAGCUCGUGGGUUAGCUUACAACUCUUGCUAAUUGGCGACACCGAAUUCCAGUAAAACAACACAAAUCCCGAGCGGCCGAAAAUCUCCGGGAGCCCAAAGACGACAGCAUGGACGAACGUUCGGGCAGCAAAAGUCCCGGCGCGAGGAGCAGGCCCAACGACAUCCCCGGCCUUUCCUCGUUGCCUCUGCCGGACGUGAGCCCCAAGACGGCCCCGUGCAGGACGGCGAUUCUCUCGCCCAUCACCAAUCUUGCCCUGGACAUGAACAAGUUGGUGGGACUCGGGAGCCAGUGCGAGACGCCGAAGAGGAGCAAGCACGCGCCCCCUCUGGAGAAGGUGCCCUCCUUCGCCUCGGAUGUCUCCUCCGACGCCGGCCUCGGCAUGGAUUCCCCGAGUCCCAUCGAUACCCUGGAAAUGGAGGACGCGUUCGAGAAGGCCAUCCGGCGGUCCAGCAGAGUCAACGAGAAGAUGCCCAUCAGACGGAACAACUCCUUACCGCUUCAGCUCCUUUGCUUCAGUCCGUCCCUGAAGGGAUCCGAACCGGUUGCUAAUCGCUACGGCGUAUUCGGCCAGCAGCCCGACCGUGUCGACGACGACGCCUCGUCGUCUCAGUGGGAAAACAAGGAGAACCUCUCCAAGGAGGGCUUUGAGUUCAAGAAGCCCACCAAACCCGCGUCCCGCACCCGAGUGCGCUCCUUCAACGGCGGCCCGCCGAAAGACUCGUUCGCCCACCGCCCCAACUCGGCGCCGGCUCUCAUGCUGUCAUCGCCUCCCACCGCGCAGCAGCUGGAGUUUAACGACAGCAGCCCAUUGUUCCUCCGACGUUCCUCCCUCACGUCGGCGCUCGACGAUGACGACGACGACGGCUUCCUGGACGUGCUGGACGACAACAUGGCGACCGCCGCCGACAUGCCGCAGGGGAUGGCCAGCUUGCUCACAGCGCCGCUAGUGGCCGACGGCUUCAGAGACGACUCGCCCGUGAUCAGCUGGCGGCCGCGCAGCCUUUUCCGCUCCCCGUCUAUGCCCAGUCCCUCCGUGUCCCGCGCCUGCACCAAGCGUCCAGACUGCCCCGGAGACGACAACACGCCCGCGCGGGUCAAGCGGCGCCGUAGCCUGGCGUGCUCCGAAGGCGACAAAGAGGAACGGGACACGAGCUCCCCGCAGACGGCUCGCUUGCAGCUGCAGAGGUCCAAGUCCUUCUGCCAGAUGGAGAUCGACAAAGUUCUGGACAGGAACGACGGCACCGCAGACCUUAUCGGAGACUUCACCAAACCCUACGCGCUGCCGACGGUGGGCGGCCAACAUCAGGACCUCAGAUACGUCGCGGCGGAAACGCUGGUGGCGGCACUGCAGGGCCGCUUCAGUCACGCGGUGGAGCGAGUCAUCGUCGUGGACUGCCGCUACCCGUACGAGUUCGACGGCGGGCACAUCAAGGGCGCCCUGAAUCUCUACCUGGAGGACGAGGUCCAGGACUUCCUCCUGCGGACGCCGGUGGCGGCGUCGUGCCCGGACAAGCGCGUCAUCGUGGUGUUCCACUGCGAGUUCUCGUCGGAGCGCGGCCCUCGCAUGUGCCGCUACGUGCGCAAGCGCGACCGCACCGUGAACGACUACCCCAAACUCCACUACCCCGAGCUGUACGUGCUCAAGGGCGGAUACAAGGAGUUCUUCCCCCUCUUCCAGAUGCAGUGCGAGCCCGAGUCGUACCGGCCCAUGAUGGACGAGGACUUCCGCGAGGACCUGAGGACGUGUCGCCUGAAGAGUCGCUCGUGGGCCGGCGAGCGCAGCAAGCGCGACAUGUACAGCCGCCUCAAGAAGCUGUGAGCGCCCCCUGCCGGCCGCCCGCCCGCCUGCCUGCGCCCGCCGCUUUGGACCUACUUCCUGCCAUCGCUGCUGACGUCCACUUUAACAAUGUGUCAGUACUUACAUGCCUACAAAACCAGUAGGUGAUUUUGUUUUUUUUGUUUUGUUGACUUUUUCCCCGCUGUCCACUGCCUUUUUAAAUCACACGUUUUUAAAAAUGAAUCGAGUUCCCGGUUUUAAGCGCAAUUUGAUCUGUGGCUGUUCUUAUUGCUGUUUUUUACGAUUUGUUUUAUUGUGCUCCGUUCGAGAAGCACCGAAUCAAAUUGGCAGCGAGAUUGUUGAUGUCCGGCAGGAGCGCAAAUGCGCAACCGCGUUCGGAGCGUGAAAGAAAGCGGGACCAAAUUGGCGUGUGUGUUGUUGUUGUUGCCGACCAAUUUCGUGUUUUUGUUGAGCGGUCCCGAUUUUGGCACAUGACACUUGGGAGAUCUUCCCAAUAAAUAUC